ACAAGUGAGAGUGGCAAAUGGGGAAUUCAUGGUUUCUGAUCAAUGUGUGCCUGGAUUGACUUGGUGGUGUAAUGGUCACACCAUUCAAACAGACAUGAGAGUUUUGAACUUGGGAGCAUUUGAUGCUAUUUUGGGUUAUGAUUGGCUAAGUACACACAGCCCUAUGACUUGUCAUUGGCAGAACAAGACUGUUGAGUUUGUUCACAAGGGCCAGAUGGUUAAGUUACAAGGGGUGUCUGCUGUCAGUUCUACUGUGGAGGCUCUGUCUGCAGAUAAGCUGGUCAAGAUGUGCAAAAGUAAUGACAUCUGGGCAUGGGUGCUGGUUACACAAGUCCUGGAGAAACAGGACCCUCCACCUGUGGCUGAGAUCCAAGCUUUACUAGAACAGUAUAAAGAUGUUUUCUCUGAUCCUAAAACCCUGCCUCCUCCCAGAGUUUAUGAUCACACUAUUCCAUUAAUUCCUGGAGCAGUACCUGUUAACUCCAAACCUUACAGAUAUUCUCCUCAGCACAAAGAUGAAAUUGAGAGGCAGGUCAAGGAGGUGGUGUACAAGAAAGGCAAGGACAAUGUGGCUGCUGAUGCUCUGUCCCGAGUUGGACAUUUGGUAGCAAUUCAAGCAGUGUCUAUUGCUCAGAAUGUGUGGGUGCAAGAAGUUACAAAUUCUUAUGCCACUGACAGUCAAGCUCAAGAGUUACUAGCCAGGUUGGUUAUCAGUAGUCCUGAUGAACAUGGGUACUCUUUGCAGCAGGGUAUCAUAAGAUUCAAGGACAGCAUAUGGGUGGGCAGUAACUCAGGUCUGCAAACUAAAGAUUAUUUCAGCACUGCAUUCUAGUGCUGUGGGGGGCCAUUCUGGUCAGCGA